AUGGUCAUGGCGGAGGGCUCUGCAGUUCUCAGGAGGAAUCGGCCUGGAACCAAGGCAAAGGAUUUCUACAACUGGCCUGAUGAAUCAUUCGAGGAGAUGGACAGCACCCUCGCUGUUCAACAGUAUAUACAGCAGAAUAUCAGGUCAGAUUGUUCAAAUAUUGACAAAAUCCUAGAACCACCAGAAGGACAAGAUGAGGGUGUGUGGAAGUAUGAACACCUCAGGCAGUUCUGUUUGGAGCUUAAUGGACUGGCAGUCAAACUGCAGAGUGAGUGCCAUCCUGACACCUGCACCCAGAUGACUGCAACAGAGCAGUGGAUCUUUUUAUGUGCUGCUCAUAAGACACCCAAAGAGUGCCCUGCCAUUGACUACACCAGGCACACGCUGGACGGAGCUGCCUGCCUUCUUAAUAGCAACAAAUACUUUCCUAGCAGGGUGAGCAUCAAGGAGUCAUCAGUGGCCAAACUCGGCUCUGUGUGUCGGCGCAUAUAUAGGAUAUUCUCUCAUGCCUAUUUCCAUCAUCGCCAGAUAUUUGACAAGUAUGAGAAUGAAACCUUCCUGUGUCACCGGUUUACACGCUUCGUAAUGAAGUACAAUCUGAUGUCCAAGGACAACCUGAUUGUGCCCAUUCUGGAGGAGGAAGUUCAGAACACCUCAUCGGCAGGAGAGAGUGAAGCCUAA